UCGAUCGCCGUCAUGUAUAAUGGAGCACACAGAUUAAACCAGUGACUAUUGCGUCCGAGACAUCAGCCACAACAAUAUAACAUUGCCAAAUCAUAGGGAUUUCAAAUGAGCAUUCAAGAUCAUCUUCGUUCCUUCCUUCCCACCCCGGAUGCCGCCUCUUAAACAAGAUAUCGGCCUCUGUUCCUGCCCACACCGAAGUCUGGGGGUGGCGUAUGUCAACCUCGAUCACUCUAGACCACAAUCAUUCUCAUUCUCCGAAGGCAGUCUACUAUCAUUAUUACUAUUAUUACCAUCCCUCAACGCUCCACUACGCUUCAUAGAUAGAAAGCAUGGAUAUCACCGCUCAGAACUUCGGGCUCUCUCUCCCUAUGCUCCUAGAUGAGUUGUCAACCUGCUGUUUUGUAGCUCUGGACUUCGAAUUCUCAGGAAUAGCGAAAUCUGGCGAUAGAGGCACGAGCCGGAGGAGCACGCUUCAGGAGCGGUACGAAGAGGUCAAGACAUCUGCCGACCACUUCCAGAUCCUGCAGGUCGGCUUGACCAUCUGUCAUGAAGACCCGAAGGAAGGAAUCUACACUCUGCGGCCAUAUAACCUGUACUUGAGCCCAAUCAUUGACGACAGGCUCGGAGUUGAAAGGCACUGGUCAUUUCAAAGCAGCGCUGUUGCGUUUCUCUUGACCCACAGAUUUAGUAUGGACUCGCUCUUCAGAAAUGGCGUGGGUUAUCUAUCUAGAGACGAGGAGAUCAAGGCCGUUGCCAGAGUCAGUGAAAGGUUCAACCGCUCGGAAACGACGACCGCAAUAGGGGUGGAUGAAACCGAGUCUGAAUCAAUUGCCUUCCUUCAACAGGUGCGACGUCUUGUGGAUGGGUGGCUUGCGCUUGGUACAGCCCGUGGCAGCUACCUCAACAUCCCACCAGCGAGUCGUCCCGGUGCAGUCGAAAGGCCUGGUCUCAUGCCGGUGGAGCUUAACAGAUUUCAAAAGAGACUCAUAUAUCAACUUGUAGAGGUUGAGUACCCGUUCCUGAAAGCUAUCGGACGGUCGGGUGGGUUCCUACAAAUCAUUGACCGCGACGAGAAGCUGGAAAAAGCUGCUCUUGCCCAGAAACUCGGGUCUACGCAGAAGAGACUCUGGGAACAGACGGGCUUCAGAUGGGUCGCCGAGGCUCUGGCUGGUGGUGAUCUCACACAUCUCCCGCAGGACUACUUCAGCAACCGCUGGGCAGGCUUGCAUGGGCCAAGGCCGCAGCUGAAUUCAGAUCAAAUCAAGCGACGCCUGCAAGCCACUCGACCAGUGGUCGUGGGCCACAAUCUUUUCACCGACCUGAUAUACUUCUGCCGAUGCUUCUUUGGGCCUCUGCCGGACCGUGUCGAGGAGUUCCAAUCGAUGGCCCAUGAGAUGUUUCCUGUUCUGAUGGAUACAAAAUAUAUGGCUACCCAUGAUUGCGGCUCCAUCAACCCUACGUCUUCCUUGCAAGAUCUUCACAACAAGCUGGCUCCCGUCCCUUACCCGAAGACCAAGCUUGCUUCUCAGCAUACAAAAUACGAACCUCGUGGCAUCAACCAUGAGGCAGGCUAUGACAGUUUGCUCACCGCCGAAGUCUUCAUCAAACUCUCUGCACAGCUUCGGGACCGGGGCGCAGACGAGGAACCUCCACCAUCAGUCCACGAGCUGAUUCGGCAGGGAUCAGCCCCAAAGCCUGGUCAGCCUGCGUCGGCUGAAUCGCAUACGCAGCUCGUUGAGCAUACGACCAAUACUUACAUGAAACUCCGCGCGGACGAGGCUGAGGCCAGCAAGGGCGCGGCUCACAGUGUCAGCGCGGGUCCUCCAGAAGCGUCCCAGAUGGUGCUGGGACCCAGUGAUUCCACAGUAAUCCAAGAUAGAGUAAACCGUGGACAGCUGAUCCCUCGUCUAGACGCCAAAUUCUGGAGCACAUACGGAAACAAGUUGCGUGUCUUUGGGCCUUCCGCCUCCGAUUCCAGAGUGUGCAGAAGCUGUCAAGAGACAAUUGUUCGCCGCCAAUAUGCCUCUGCGGCGACGACGCAAGGCACCCCCGAGACCACGACCGCGCCGCCCAGCUCGGCCUUCCCCGUCGUGAAGCCCACCCACACCAUCAAAGCCGGCGUCCUGCUGUCCCGGCAGCCCCAGAUCACCCGCGACCUGAACGAUUUCGAGAAGGCGUACUUCUUCUACCAGCGCCGUCUGAACGAGCGGCUGACGCUCCCCUUCACCAAGUACUUCUACUUCAAGCGCGGUACGCCCGCCGACGAGGACUGGAAGCGCAAGAUCCGCGAGCGCCAGACCGCCGCCCGCGACAUCGGCAAGUACAACGCCUACUCGAAGGACGCAUGGAAUGACGAGCUGCUCGUCGGCGCUGUCGAGUCCGACCCGGCCCACCAGGUGGAGAUGCUCGUCCAGGACGCCGAGGCCACCGUCAAUGCCACCUCCCAGGACACCAGCAAGAAGGAGGAGGUCCCCCGGCCGUUCCCCCGGUGGACGGAGGCGGACGAGAAGGGCGACGACAAGAGUUUGAACCGGGCUCUGCAGCGGACGCUGUAUCUGCUCGUGCAGUCGAAGGAGGGAUACUGGAAGUUGCCCAGCUCCGCGGUGGAACCGGAGGAGACUAUGAAGCAGGCUGCCCAACGUACCCUCGCCCAGGCGGCGGGUGUCAACAUGAACACCUGGUUCGUGGGCUACCACCCUGUCGGCCACUACGUGUACAACUUCCGCAAACCCUCCUCGGAGCUCAAGGGCGAGAAGACCUUCUUCAUGAAGGCGCGCAUCUUCACCGGCCAGGCCGACUUGGCUGGGAAUGCCGAUAACCUGACCGACUUCAAGUGGUUGGCCAAGGACGAGAUCGCCAAGUACGUCCGGCCACAGUACUAUGCCAGCAUCAAGAACAUGCUGGCUGAGCGGUAAAAGGGUCCCUUCCUGAGGAUGUUUUUGCUUCGUUGGCACUGUACUGUUAGGAUAGAAUUUUCGUGAAGGGGGUUGCGGAGUGUGUGUUGCAGUUAGACCCGGGAAUAUUUGCAUAUAUCCUUCUGUAUGUGUGUGUCUGUGUGUCAUGUAUAACUAGCUAUUUUCACUAUCAAUGUUCUUAUUCCUGUUUACUGUUGGAUAUCAUGUGCAAAGAACCUUCUGUUGCCUCUUCCUUUCCCUGCCAAUUGCACCCCUGAACGCCAUGCCAGUCACGAAUGGGAUCUUUACCCGGUAAUCCCCCAAAUGAUAAGGAUAAAUCAAAACACCCACAACAUCAACCCGAAUACCAAACAAAGCCCCAAGGGCAAC